CCCAGGAUCCGGCUGAGCGCCUCAAGCAGCCGGGCCUGCGGGGUGGGGCUUUGCCUGUCACCCGGGGGGACGGGGUAGCCCCGCCCACGAGGGCGGGUCUCCAGGACGGAGCUUCCGGUUCCCACCUGUUCCUUCCCAGGUAAUGGAGGCGCGCGCCCGCCUGGCGGAGUUGGUGCGCGCUGGCCGUGCGCGCCCGCUUUUCACCGUCUGCGGGGCGGCCGCGGGCCCCUCAGAGGUUCAGGGCGAACCCUGAGCCCCGGGAGCCGGUCCGGAGGAGCCCGAGGAGCGUCCGCCGCCUCUCCUUGCGGGACGCCAAGUGGAAGUGCGGCAGCUUCCUGAGCUCCAGCUGCUCUUUUCCCCCGAGAAGAUCCAUGAGACACUCCUCAGGAUCAUCUAAGUGGGUCAGAGCAUCCUGAGCACUGGGUCUUGGUGGAGAUACCAGAAUGAGAAGGCGCAAGAGUCCUGGUCCCCACCGACCAGCCUCCUGGGUGACCAGUGCUGGGCCUGGGACAGGGGCCACUGUGCCCCUGGCUGCCUCCUCUCCUGCUACUCUCACCCCGUUCAACCCACAGAGGCCCCCAGCUGAGGUUGGUGUGACCUUUGAGGAUGUUGCUGUGCGCUUCUCUCAGAAGGAAUGGUGCCUCCUUGAUGAGGCUCAGAGACACCUGUUCCUCGAAGUGAUGCUGGAGAACUUUGAACUCCUAUCCUCUCUAGGUUGCUGCUGCAGAGCAGAGGAUGUGGAGGCACCCACUGAACAGCAUGUUUCUGUGAGAGUGUCACAGGCAAAGAAACCCAAUGGAGCUGUGUCCUCCCAGAAGAGCCACCCCUGUGAGAGUUGUGGGCCAGUCCUGAGAGACAUUUUCCACUUGGUUGAGCAGCAGGGAACACAACACAGCCUGAAACUGUUGAGGUGCGGGGCAUGUGCAAAGCAGUUUUAUUUCAGUAAGAAAGCCAUUGGCUGCAACCAGACGCUUGCUCAGGACCAUGGUGUCUGUAAUGGAAUACAGUGUUUUGUGUGCCGUGAAUGUGAAAAAUCUUUUACAAAUAUCUCUGUUCUCCGUCAUCAUCAGAAAUUGCACACAGGAGAAAGACCAUACGAGUGCAGUGAAUGUGGGAAAUGCUUUAAACAACACUCCAACCUUAUUCAACACCAGCGAGUUCAUUCUAAAGAAAAGUCUCAUGAGUGUGGCGAAUGUGGGAAAUUCUUUAGCCAAAGGGCAGUCCUCCUGAAACACCAGAGAGUUCACACUGGAGAAAAGCCAUAUGAAUGUGAUGAGUGUGGGAAAUCCUUUAGCCAAAGUUCAAGCCUCGUUCAACACCAGAGAGUUCACACUGGAGAAAAACCAUAUGAGUGUGAUGAAUGUGGAAAAUAUUUUACCAGACUCUCUGGCCUUUAUCGUCAUCAGAGGCUUCACACUGAAGAAAGGCCUUAUAAGUGCAGUGAAUGUGGGAAAUCUUUUGUCAGGAACUAUCACUUGAGUAAUCAUCAGAACUGUCACACUGGAGAAAAACCUUAUGAGUGCAGUCAGUGUGGGAAAUCUUUUACCACUAGCAAUGGCCUCCUUUACCAUCAGAGGCUUCACACUGGAGAAAGGCCUUAUAAGUGCAGUGAAUGUGGGAAAUCUUUUGUCAGGAGCUAUUACUUGAGUGAUCAUCAGAAAUGUCACACUGGUGAAAAACCUUAUGAGUGCGGUCAGUGUGGGAAAUCUUUUACCAGCAGGAGUAGCCUCAGUCAUCAUCAGAAAUGUCACACUGGCGAAAAACCUUAUGAGUGCAGUCAGUGUGGGAAAUCUUUUGCCCGUAGGAGUAGCCUCCGUUAUCAUCAGAGAUUUCACACUGGAGAAAGGCCUUAUCAAUGCAGAAAACAACUUCAAGACCAUGUGGAUUCCUGCAACAGAACUGUCAGACAUUGA